UGGGCAAAGGAAGUUCAGCACAGCCUGUGCUGAACUUCCUUUGCCUCUCAGAUAACCGGAAAAUACUCUUGUUAUAUUGAAUUGGCUUCGUACAGCCAGAAACGGGAGAAGCAUGAAAAACAAAAGGAAAAAAAAAAAAAAAUCAAAGAUAGCAUUGGAAGCAAUCGACAGUGGCGGCAGUAACCACCACUUUGAAGUUCCUUAGUCUCACGUCAGCAACUUAUGACUCACAAGGCGAAAGCCUAUAAAAACACCCAAACUUCGUGCAUAGCACCAGGAUUGCAGUUUCGUUCCUAAGAAGAUUCUUGCUGACUUUUGAGGUGAGACGAUAUGAACGGAAAAAUAAGCCUUCUCCUGCUGAGUCUCAUCUUCCUUACAUCGACACCAGGUGUGUGCCCACUGAGUUUCCAGGAAGUACAUGUCAAGGCAGGUGAGAUGGCAGUACUGCAGUGCCCUGUGAUGGGGUACAGUGAUGGAGAUGCUGAGGUGUUCUGGACCAGUCACACCGUGGAUGAAAUGAAACUCUUCAACAUGUCAACAUCAGCUGAGCAGAGGCAGAUGGGUGUGCUGGUUCAUGGAAGAAUCCUUGUCAUUCUCAGAGCUUCAGUAAACCAUCAGGGGAAUUACUCCUGCUCUUUUCGGAAUUCCAGCAGACGGUCCUGGAUAAGCCUCAAAGUAUACACAGCGCAGCCCAGAGAGUCUGAACAAAUGAACCAGAUCUCCAGAGAAUGUUACACAGAGGAGUCCUGCAGGUUGUACUGCCCUGAAAAAAAUAUUCCCUUUAACACCCUGAAUAUCACCACAAGUGGCAUCACAUGGCACAAGGAGGGCGGGUCAUCACCAAAAGACGGUUACUUCCCAAGUGUGAAAAAAGAGGACAGUGGCAUCUAUACCUGCACCCAGUCUUACCUGUAUGAUGGUCAAAUAUAUAACAUGAGCUCUACGGUGAAACUUGAUGUCCAACCAAGCAAAAUAACUGAGAAAGCAGUGAUAAUUUCACCAAAGAACAAGCAGGUAUUUGAGGUAGAUUUAGGCUCAACAGUGGUGAUUGAUUGUAAAGCAGUUAUGAUGUCAGACUUUGAUGACUUAUUUUGGUUAAGUGGAAAUUCAUUUGUGGAUGCAGACCCUAGUCUACCAGUUUUCUAUAAUGAUACACGGGUCGACAGCAGAGAGGAAAUCAGCAUGACAACAUCUCUAAUCUUCAGAAAAGUUUCAGAGGAGGAUCUGUCAAAAAAUUAUACCUGUAAACUGCAAUCUGCCUACCAAACAAGCUUUGUGACCAUCACUCUAAAACAAAAAGCUGCUCCUUCCUCUUCCUUUGUGGCUUUAUGUAUUGUGGGCUUUGUGCUGGUGCUGAUGGUACUAACAGCAGUUAUUUAUGCAAAGUUUAAAGUCGGCAUCACGCUUUUGCUUCGUCAAAUUCUUGGCUGCCAUCGAACCAUCCCAGAUGGAAAAAGCUACAACGCCUGCUUGAUGUAUUACAAGAGUAGCACAGAUCAAGGACUAAGUGAAGAUGACAGAAAAAGGCUGGAGAGUGAAAUGAAGAACAGAUUUGGUUACAGUCUCUGUCUCUACAGUCCUGAUGUUGUACCAGAUAGAGGAGAGGCUGUGUUACACUGCAUAAAGCAGAGUCAGACAGUGGUUCUGGUCCCCUGCUCAGAAGAUUCUGGUUCAGGAGUCGACCUGCUGAAUAGUAUCCAAGCAUCCCUCAAGAAGUUGCAGACUCACGUGGUUUUGAUUAAAACUCAGACAGCCGGAGUCUUGAGCAGAAGUUCAUCUUCAGAGGCCUUAAAACUCUGGAAAGCUGCAGACUGUGUCACCUGGAAGGGAAAAAGCUCCAUGCUGCCCUCUUCCGCCUUCUGGAAGCAGCUACGUUAUUACCUACCUCCCCCGCAGAGAGCGCCCAGAGCUUUAAUAUGACUGUACAGUAUUUAGGAUGUAAGACUGUAAUUCCUCCAGUGAACACACGUAAAGGAAGCUCUUAAAACAUGUGGUUAUCCUAUUUGGUCUUUCAUCAAGUCAACAAAGAGAGGCACAGAGAAGACGAUCAGACAGCAAUUAGGGAGGAUCAGAAAGAUAAACGCAACGAGAUUGUCAUCCCCUAUGUAGCAUCUUUAUCAGAAAAACUCAGGAGAGUCUUCUCCGAGCACAACAUCCCAGUGUACUUCAGACCCAGCCACACAAAAACUGGUUCAUCCCAAAGACAACUCCUAAACAGAAACUUAACAACAUAGUGUAUGCUGUACAGUGUAGCGAGGAAUGCCCAGACCUCUACAUUAAAGAGACCAAACAGCCACUUCACAAACGCAUGGGACAACAUAGAAGAGCCACCUCGACAGGACAAGACUCGGCUGUCCAUCCGCAUCUAAAGGACAAAGUCACUCCUUCGAGGACACCAAUGUUCACAUUUUGGACCGGGAAGAUGAUUUGAAAGAGUAGUGAAAGAAGCCAUCUAUGUCCACUGUGAAUGACGCCUUAACGCCCACUCACAUCCUGGCCCUUUUGACCUCAGGAAAUCACAUGAUAGGGUGGGGCUAGGUUUCACUAUGAGUUCACCCGAAACCUUGGCUGAUUGUGACGUACACCCAUUUUCACACCUUGGCUCGUGUGAUUAGGUAGAGGAUCGACAGGGGGUCCAUGUCCCUCUCGGUGGGUUACUCCCACAGAGCUUAAAUCCUGGACUCCAUCAUUUAACCUUAGAACUGAAGAGGUGAAACGUCUUCAAGUAACUUUAAGAAGUCCAGACGCUUUUCUUUCCAAGCUCCUUAGAUUGUAAGCUGGAGAAGAGCAUCUCACUAAUCCGGAAGAUCUUCAUUUAGUCUGGAAAAAAGCAUAACAUUUUUUAUAUUAGAGGAAAUAUUUAUUCAUAACCAUCACACAAAUGUAUCUUUUUAUACAGACACUUUUAUUGCUGGUUAUAUUUUUAUUUUAAUAGUGUUAUUUUGUAUUUUCUUAUGCUGAUGGGUUUUGUUUAUUGUGUUGUCUUUUGAUUGCUGGUAUUGUUUUUUUAUUUUUUCCUUAUUUGUACCUUUAGUUAAGUUAUACAGUCUUCAAAAUAAAACCAGUAUGUUUUAAAA